AUGAUGGCCACCGGGUCUCGGGACGCCUCGGUUCGUGAAGCCAAAACCUUUGUCAAGGAAGUCGUCCGCAAUGACUGGGACUUCGAGACCGGCGUUCCUUCCGCCUCCUCCGCCGACGGAAGCCUUUGCCACAAUCGCGAAGUGUGCGAAUGGCGAGUCCGCGAAUUCGACAGUUCGACCUCCGAACUCGAGCCGCAGACUUCAGACAGUGAGGAUGAGCCCGUGACAACUGCUGGUCAGCAAACCGAUAUCGAGCGCCGCCGCAAACGCCGCCGGCAGAUGGAUGACGAGAUGGCAUGGAACGAGGGACUGCGGGUGUGGAUGGCCAGGCGCAACGCAUGGUCUGGCGCAAAGACUCGGCGGCAGAUCCGGACUGAGGAGGAAAAGCGCGCAAUGGCGGGCGCGCAAACGGAUACAACGGAUCAGUCAGACGGCUUGGAUGUUGCAACUGGAGUCUCUUCGGCAACCUCGCAGUCCACAACCUUGACUGGUUCUGGGAAGGGCAGUGUCUCUGAUCUCGCUACCCGAACGGAGACAUCGCUUGCGAUUGUGGAUCGAGAGAAGAGUGAAGAGCUCUCGCAUCGAGCGGACUUGACUUCCGGCCAGCAAGGAGACCAAGAGGAAGGGCAAUCCACAGCGCCGGAUGGAGAGACCAAGGGGAAAGCAUCGUCGGAAACCAACAUCACAGAGCCGGAUGCAUCAGCCGGCCUGACAAGCUUCCCCGCCGUGGAGGAUCAAACGGAAGAAGAAAAGGAAAAUGAAGAGCUUGAUGAGCCGCUUGUACCUGUGGCACCGCCGUUCAUUUCAGACUCCAAUCCGGUGCGCGCAACUAUCAUGCCUUCAAUCUACCCCUCUAUCUAUACAAAGGUUGUCGUUCAAGGGAUGACACCGACGAUGCCCGUCAACCUGGCCCAUUUGACCAAGGCCAUGGUUCAGGGCUGGAAGUCCGAUGGGCAAUGGCCACCCAAGCCUGCAGUCACAUCAAUUGUCCUUGGAGACACUGCAACAGUGCCCAAGAAACCCGAGGAGCGCCAAGAAGCGCCCACUGGUAGACGCAAGAACAGCAUUACCAAUGCCGUGAAAAAGGUCUUUCACUUUGGACACCCGUUCCAUCGUCGUGGAUCACAAAGUCAGGAUGCUGGGAAUGGUGCUUAA